GGGGUUUUAAAAAGUAUUAAAAAGUGAUUAAUCAAAAUUGCCAAAUUUAAGGCCAUUAAAAAGUGUUUAAUUUGGUUUAGAGGUAUUAUUUUUUAAAAAUAGGUAUUAUUUUUUCAGACUAUGGUGUCCUAUUCUGAUUGAAAUUCUAUCUGCUAAAAUUUGCACUAGUUCGUUUAAAUGUGGGCUUUAGCAUAUCGGGGCACAUAAUCAAAGAUCCUCGUCUAGUCUCAACUUUGUAUGUUUGAUGCUGACGUCACAUUCAGUGGUCGUUCGACAUCUCAAAUACUUUGCGCGCUCAGCUCAACUGGAUAACCAACUGGCUAGCUUACAUUGUUGACUAGUCCAUCACCACCGCAAACUAGUGCCACAGUACAAGCCAACGUUUCGGCUUCAGGAACUACGUCUGACCUCCGGGUGACUAUGGGCGCCACACCAACACUGCGUGCGGAGGCUCUCUGGUGUCUAAACACUGCAGUUAAACACCACUCAUUGAACUCCAACGAAGGAAUUGUGGAGCUGUUUAAAGAAAUGUUUCCCAACUCUGACAUCGCAAAGUCAUUCACGUGUGGUAAAGACAAAACUGGGUACAUCAUCAGAUUUGGAUUAGCAUCGUUCUUCAAAAAACAGCUUGUCGAUGGCAUCAACAAGGCUGGGCCAUUUGUGUUGAUGUUUGAUGAGAGCCUCAAUCAGGCGUCAAAGAAAAAACAGCUUGACAUCCAUAUUCGAUACUGGGAGGAUGGCAGUCUCCAGUCCAGAUACUUUGGAUCUCAGUUUUUGGGACAUGGAAGGGCCGACGAUUUGUUGCAUCACAUCAAGGAAUGUGUUACACAACUGAAUAUGAGGGAACUACUAUCAGUUGGCAUGGAUGGCCCCAGUGUGAAUUUCAAGUUGGUGGAUCUUCUCCAGAAAGAGCAUGCAGAGCUCUACGGAGGUGCUCAGGUUGUCACUGUUGGAAGCUGUGGACUUCACACCCUCCACAAUGCUUUAAAGGCAGGCUUUACUAUGUGGCAGUUGGAAAAACUUCUGCGAGCCAUGCACUUCCUUUUUCAUAAUGUUCCUGCCAGGAGGGAAGACUUCACUAGCCUGACAGGGUCCUCCUGCUUUCCCUUACCAUUUUGUGGCCAUAGAUGGGUUGAAAACGUUCCUGUGGCAGAGAGAGCAGUUGAAGUUUGGCCAGUGAUUAAGACAUAUGUGGAUGCUGCAGAGAAAAAGAGGGUCCCAGUCCCCUGCACAGCCUCAUAUGACACCAUAGUAACAGCACAAAAAGAUCCUUUCAUUAUUGCAAAACUCCAGUUCUUUCUGGCAAUUGCAAGGACUUUCAACCCCUUCUUGACAAAGUUCUUCAUUGCACAUUUUAUGUAGUUUGUUUUAUUUUUAUUCAUGAAGUGAAAUAAAUAUGUGCAAUAUGUGGUCAGCAUCAGUGAGUCUCUAAAUCUAUUCUGUUGUGUAUAG